AUGGUAAAUACGUGAACUUGAAUGGAUUUAGAGGUUAAAGGAGUUGCUGCUUCUCCUACAAGUCAAACUCGGCCAUUCUCUGGAAGAAAGAAGCCACUACAACAAGGAUGGACUUCGAGAUCAUGGGCAAUCCGGAAUCCUUGCCUACCUGUGGUCCCACCACUGGAUUUGGGAAGCCUUGUUGACUCUGAUGAUGAGGAGCAGGACAUAAUACCUGAAAAUUUGCCAGCCCCAACAGACAAAUAUAAACUAAAAUAUCAGCAAUACAAAACUGAAAUGAAAGAGGGAUAUAAACAAUAUAGUCAGAAAAAAGCAGAAAAGGCAAAAUCUAACAUCACACAUCAGCAGUCUCCAAGGAAUGGGACCGAUGACAAGUGUGUACGAGGUGAAGAAGCCUUCGCGGAUGACCUCACAGUGCUGGAUAGGAAAGCCCUCCUACAGCAGGGUUAUGCAGACCACACUUACAGCGCACAGGGGAGCACAAGAAAGUCUGAUGCCGAAGCCGUGGCUGCAGAGAAGAAGAAACAGACUGUUGCCGAGCAAGUGAUGACAGACCACUUAUCCAGGGCUGUGAUCAGUGAUCCAGAACAAGAUGUGACCACUGAGAAACAGGAAAGGGCUCGUGUCCUUCCAGAUCCAACAAUAGCACCUCUUCGAUUUAGGAAAAGAACGUUGCAUGAAACAAAGAUAAGAACCCAUUCUACAUUAACUGAAAAUAUACUUUCUCAUAAAGUACAAUUUGAUAGUAGGAUCAUAUCAAGAAAUGGACGUGAUGCUUGCAGAGAGCUGAUUGGGUUCUUUUUUACUCAUGACCAAUCGCUUACAAUUUAUGAAUAUCGGCAAUUUGGGAAAAAUAGAACAAGUGUGCUUCCUUUUAUUCAAAAAAAUGUUUAUAGUCACCAGCGUGGACGAAGAACAGGAAAACAAUACCAACGUGGUGAUUUUUACAUUGGUGGAAACUUGACAUUUUUGAGUUCUGAUCAUCCGAGACUUCCAGAGAGCAUAAAAGAAAACACAUUACUUAUGCUUCGAAUCACAAAUGUUGAUCAGAUAGCUUUGGACUCUCUCAAAAGCGAUUCUGUGGAACGUGAGGAUGAUCUAACCCAUCAAGAAGCCAAGGAUAAGCUGGUCCUCGAGGCCAUUCAAGCUGUGCUCCAAGAACAGCUACGUAACAGAGGUGUGCGUGUAUUGACUGGAUUGGGAAAAUACCUUCAACGAUUGGACAAGGAAGGAAAUGGACUUUUAGAUAAGGCAGAUUUUAAGCAAGCUCUAAAAGUAUUUCACUUACAAGUAUCAGAAAAUGAUUUUGAGUCUUCAUGGCUAAUUCUGAAUGGCAAUGGCAAUGGCAAUGGCAAGGUUGAUUACGGAGAAUUCAAACGUGCCAUUAUUGGUGAAAUGAAUGAAUACAGGAAAUCAUUUGUUCGAAAGGCCUUUAUGAAACUGGAUUUCAAUAAAACUGGCAGUGUGUCUAUUAUAAACAUAAGAAAAUGUUAUUGUGCAAAGAAGCAUCCUCAAGUAGUUUCAGGCCAUUCUACAGAGGAAGAAAUCAUAUCAUCUUUUCUAGAAACCCUGAAAGAUGCCUGCAGCAAGUCUGAUGAAGUGUCGUAUGGUGAAUUUGAAGAUUACUAUGAAGGUCUAAGUGCAGGGAUAGUCAAUGAUGAAGAUUUUGUUACUAUCUUACGUACUCCGUGGGGGAUUUAGUUGUUUAAAAUGAAUAUACCAUCAACACUAAGCAUUUUAAGGGAGAGAUGAAUUGAAUGUAAAGUAUGAUCGAACACUGGAAUAUGUUUUUCUAAGGCUCCCUUUAUUCGUUUUUUUUUUCCCUCAAAAAGUUGAGUCUGGAAAGAGAAAU